GUUUCCCCAAAGGCCGCUCAGAAUUGCGCGUCGUGGAAUCCACGUAAGCGACCCAAUCGAGCGGGCUGCUUUUUCCUCUCGAAAGGAAAACUUUCAGCUCUCCAAACACGAGGGCAUUAUCACGCCAGCUGCGAUCUCCAUCGAGGGUGGGGUCUGGUGGCGGCGACACCACGGAAGGAAGUCUCCGCGGAAGAGCAGCGUUGCUUUAAACCGUCAGAUCAGAGAUGUCUACCCACAUCUUAUGCAGUGAUUUGCUACACAUGUUGCAAAGGAAAUUUAAUAUGACCUAGUAGAGUUGACCGUUGAAGAGUUUAUGAUGUCCACAGGUGCAAGUGGGAAAAAAUCCCAUCAGGCUGUAAGCCUAGAAGGAGUUGACCCAGAAACCUGCAUGAUAGUGUUUAAAACCCACUGGGCACAGGUUGUGAAAAUCUUAGAGAAGCAUGACCCCUUAAAAAAUAUUCAAGCAAAAUAUGGGACAAUUUCUCCAGAUGAGGCCAGCACUGUUCAGAACUAUGUAGAGCACAUGCUCUUCCUUUUAAUUGAAGAACAGGUAAAAGAUGCAGCAAUGGGACCUAUCUUGGAGUCUGUGGUUACAGAGAAUAUCAUGGAAAAGCUCUUUCUUUGGAGUCUCAGGAGGGAAUUCACUGAUGAGAUGAAAAUUGAGCAACUGAAAAUGUAUGAAAUGCUUGUCACACAGUCUCAUCAGCAGCUGCUGCAUCACAAACCCAUCCUAAAACCAUUAAUGAUGUUGCUGAGUUCUUGCUCAGGAACUACCACACCAGCUGUUGAAGUUGAGCUGGUUUUUCUUCUCAACCAACUAUGCUCAAUCCUAGCCAAAGAUCCAUCCAUUUUGGAACUUUUUUUCCAUACCAGUGAGGACCAAGGAGCUGCAAACUUUCUAAUUUUUUCUCUCUUGAUUCCUUUUAUCCAUCGAGAAGGGACUGUUGGCCAACAGGCUCGUGAUGCACUACUUUUUAUAAUGUCUCUUUCUUCAGAAAGUUGUGUGGUUGCUCAUCACAUAGUAGAAAAUACUUUUUUUUGUCCGGUGCUAGCAACAGGCUUAAGUGGUCUAUAUUCAUCUUUGCCUCCGAAGCUGGAAGAUAAAGGAGAAGAAUGGCACUGUCUCCUAAAAGAUGAUUGUUUUAUUUCUCCAGCUCUUGUACAAUUUAUGAAUUCUUUUGAAUUCUGCAAUGCAGUAAUUCAGGUGGCACAUUCUUUGAUUCGUAACCAGCUUGUGAACUACAUUUAUAAUGGAUUUUUGGUUCCAGUUAUGGCCCCAGCUCUCCAUAAGGUGACAGUGGAAGAAGUGAUGGCAACAACUGCAUACCUGGAUCUCUUUUUGCGGAGCGUUUCUGAGCCAGCCUUACUCAAGAUUUUUCUCCGUUUCAUCCUUCUGCACCGUCAUGAGAAUGUGCACAUUUUGGACACUCUUGCAAGCCGGAUAAAUACUCCAUUUCAGGUUUGUGUGGUAUCCUUGGCAUUGUUCAAAACACUUAUCAGUUUGCAUUGUGAAGAUGUGAUGCUGCAGCUAGUUUUAAGGUACCUGAUACCCUGCAAUCACAUCAUGUUCAGCCAGAGAUGGGCUGUGAGAGAACGAGAUUGGUAUUCUGUAUCUGCUGCUAAACUUCUUGCCUUGACUCCUGUGUGUUGUACAAGUGGUAUUACUCUGACUUUUGAAAAGCAACAAAAAGAUUAUAUUCUCUGGAAAAAAAAUAAUUAUGGGGCAGAUUCUGCUGAAGAGCCCUCCAGGAUAAGCACUGCAGAUUCCACAUGUAUUGUGAAAUAUGGGAAAACUGUUGAUAUCAGCUACCUGCAGUACCUUUGGGAUGCUCAAACUCUCAUACUGCACUGUAUGAAAGAUUGUGAAGUUUGGUCUGCUCCAUAUGAUGGGGAAAAUCCCAAUCCAUAUACCAUUAUCCAAACUCCAGUUGAAGAAGAUGGUAAAAACCUAGAUCAGCCUAUUUUCCAACUGCAGUGCAGAACACCUAGUAAGCACAUUUCUUCUCAGGUGGCACCACUGAGAGAAAAGACACAGUUGGAACUGGAAUGGGAUGAUAGCUAUGAUACUGGGAUCUCUCCUGGAUCUGAUACAGGGUCUCCCCAGCAUGAUGAUGAUUUUAAUACCCAACCUCCUGCAGAACCACCAAAGCACAUUCAAGAAAUGAAGAAAAAUGCUAUCAUGUUGAUCAAAGGAUCAUAUAUAGAGGAAUCAGACUUUCAGGAUGAUGUCAUGGUGUAUAGGCUAUGUGCUGAAAAGGAUGCACAAGAAGCAGACAGCUUAAAGGAGACAUCUUUAAUAUCAGAAUCUAAAGAUACAGAUAAUCCAGAUGCUAUCUCUACCAAUGGUCCUCUUAAAAGUCACAGAACAGAUUUAAAUAUGGAGGAGCAGAAUAUGAAAAACUUAAAUCUGAUCCAACAAGCAAAAGAUGAAACCCAAGGCAACAUUGAUGAAACAACUCUGCAACCUGAUUUGGGACAGACAUUGUCUUCCCCAGAAGGAGAUCAUAAAGCUAACAUGAAGUUGUUGAGUCCAGAUAGUGAAGAUUUUAUUUCCGAAUGUAAUAACAUCAUUAAAGAAUUGGACUCAAAUUCUACAGGCUUUAUAGAACUGAAACUGCUUAUUCCUGAUUCAGUAUAUCCUGUUGAAGAGGAAGAAGACUUUGAAAACUUUUCAGCAGAUACUCCAUCAGCAGAAAGUAUGCCCUCACCCUUUGGAUCAAAAGAUGCCUGGCCCAGCAAUCCUGCAAGAUUCCAGAGUAUCCCAUUUACAGGACCGUUUAUCAGUGUGGUGCUGUCAAAACUGGAAAACAUGUUGGAAAACUCCUUGCAUUUAAAUUUGCUGCUUAUUGGAAUAAUUACUCAUCUGGCCAGCUACCCACAACCUCUUCUUCGUUCCUUUCUGCUCAAUACAAAUAUGGUAUUUCAGCCUAGUGUGCGGUCUCUGUACCAGGUGCUGGCAUCUAUAAAGAACAAAAUUGAGCAGUUUGCUUCCAUUGAAAAAGAUUUCCCUGCUCUCCUUAUACAAGCACAAAAGUACCUGCUUUUACGAGUAGAUGCAUUGGAUAUUCCUUUAGAAUCAUUAAAUAAAGACAAUGGACAGCAGAAGAGUGUCACAGGAAAAGUUAAGAACCUCUCAGAGGCAUCCCAAGCCCUCCUCCAGACAUACUUGGGAAAUAAAGCAAAAAAAGGCACUGUUCUUCCCAAAGCUCCCUUGCACAUUCCAAAUGCCAUCCUUGCGGCUGCUCUCUUUCCAGAGUUUCUCAAGGAGCUAGCAGCUCUUGCACAGGAACAUUCAAUUCUGUCUUACAGAGUAUUGGGUGAUCUUGAGGAUUACUAUCCAUUCUAAAACGUUUCAAAAUAUUUUUUCCAGUUUCCUUUUAAAUGCAGAAGUACUUAUAAAACAAAAUUGAACUUCAUAUCCCUGGUACUACUUGAUUCAGGAGAAAUUGUUACAUUUUUAGGUUGUGCCUCAUUUUCAUAACAAAUUGAUUAGUAAUGAAACCUGUACUUUAUUUACAUCCUUGAUCUGGCUAACUUUCAGGUUUUCUCUUUUAGACUUUGCUUUUGACCCUUUGGGUUAAAAAGAUAGUUACAUAAACAAGUAAAAAGGUUUUAUCUCUCUUUCUCGGAAAAGGUUCAUUAAGGAAAUAAUUGCAAGACCAGCAUGACAAUCCAAUAAGACUCUAGAUAACUGUUGAAAAGGGGAGUUAGCAAUCUUCUAAAUUCUAUUUUACCAGUGAUUAGACUUGUGAAUCCAAAUGGAUUUAUCCUAAGCCUAUGAUUUGCUGAAAGCAGGUGCAGGUGCUGAAUGCAUACCAUAUUGCCUUAUGUUGUGGACAAGUCUGGUACUCUCAGCUGUUGACUCUUUUGAAAUUUAGAUUAAAUGAGUAAGUGGAUGUUGAGUGCAGACUGCAGAGUAUUUUCUUGUCAUUCUCUGAAAAUACUAGAUUGCUGCUAAAAUACUCAAGCCUUAUUUUAAUAAAAUUUGCACAGGGCAAAAUA